CUGACCCUUUUGACAAGCGCCCUUACGCCUUCCGUUGGCUUGAGCUGCUACCAUACCGACGUCAGUGACUGAUUGUAUGCUAGGGUGAAGAUGGCGGAGGCAGCUGCGGCACAACAACACCGCUUUUUCUGUCACUGCUGUAAAGGUGAAAUCGACCCUAAAUUCCCAGAAUUCACUUGCCCCAGGUGUGAGUCCGAUUUCAUUGAGGAGUUGUCAGAAGACUCCAGUCUCUUGGAGAACAGCAGCACUGCAGAGGCCAAUGAUAAUGCAGGCACACUCUUUUCAGAGCUGUGGCAGCUGCUGUUUAUGGAAUGCUCGUCCCUCCUCUCGGACCCCUCCGCCUAUGAGUCUGACCCGAUCCAACUACAGGCUGCCCCAGCCAGUGAUGCAGUGGAGGACGAACUGGAGGGCCCUUCUGUGGGCACAGAGCCUUUGGAGCCUGAACUGGAACGCCCCUCUCGCCCGCCUAGCCAGGGGAGACGACAGUCCCGCGCGCCAGCAGUGGAGGGUAUUGUGCAGCAGUUUUUGGCUGGCCUGUUUGCCAACAAUGGAAAUCCAGGUGUCGCACCAGCUGCACUGUCUGGCAUGUUCCAUUCAAAUCCAGGGGACUAUGCCUCGGGUCAGGGAGGUCUAGACGCAGUUAUCACAGAGUUGUUAGGUCAGUUUGAGAGCACAGGUCCACCUCCUGCAGAGAAGGAGAUGAUCUCAUCCCUCCCCACAGUCAACAUCUCUCAAGAACAGACAGGUGGGUUCCAACCAAGCCGCAACACCAAACCCACAGCAUCUAUGGGAGAAGAGGACACAAGACUGGAGUGUCCAGUAUGUAGGGAGGAGUACUCCGUGGGAGAGUCUGUCAAACAGCUGCCCUGCCUCCAUUAUUUCCACAGUGACUGCAUAGUGCCAUGGCUCAAACUGCACGAUACCUGUCCUGUGUGUCGUAAAAGUCUUGACGGCGUCGACCAGAGCAUCCAGCCCCCACCAGAACCCCCAGAGCCCCCCUCCAUCAGGACAGACCCUCAGGGGGAGAGACGGGCUAUUUGAGGUUUAGAUCUCCCUCUCUGGCAUCUCUUCUUCCCUUUUGUUCUUCUGAACGAGGCUCACCUCUCCUCAUGCCUCGUCAUCCAUCGCUCCUUCUUUGACCACACAUUUAUUGAAGAGACAGAUUUCAAUUCAACUGUGCCUCAUUAUCAAAAUGAUGCUUGCUUUGAAAAAUCACCUCACAAUGCUUUCACCCACAGAUCACUGUACAUUUCCUGGGGAACUUUGAUUGAGGUGAGAAAGAUCCAAUAUGCCUGCAAUAUAACCUCACCUGCAAAUGGUUCCAACUGUUUUCUGACAAAAUGUUAUGGAUUCAAUUUGUCCCUUCGUAGAGGCAUUUCACCUGUUAUGAAUGUCUAUUAAAAACAAAUGAACUGACAUCAUUGAGCCAUAGGGACGUGACAAAUGUGAUGAAAUUAGGAGAGUUUGGGAAAAUCCUGAAAGGUGAGCUGAACUCACUCUCUUGCAUUGUUGAUCUGGAUAAGAUAAUUUCCCUACUCUGUUCUCUCUGACCUCUUUGGUUGCAUCGCAAUAAUCUCUGCUUUCUCCUGAAGGGUGGUAUAUGGAAACUCCUAGGCCAUGCCUAAACCAGUCCAAAGCUUUUACAUUUGUGGAGAGUCGUGAACGAAUGCAAACGUCGGGAGGAAGGAGAGGUUAUUGGGAACACAACCACAGGGAGAAUCUCAGGGAGAAUCUCAAUUGCAUACUUGCGUCCUCUCUACUUCUCAAAAUCCAUUGGAGGAGAGGAUCAGAGGGGCGGGAUCUUUGAAACUCUCCCCCGUCUCCCACUUCCUCUUAUUAGUUAAUAAUGUCCAUCUGUCUUUAUGUCCCCUAUUAAAGCCUAAUGCUGUGUUCUUCACACUAUCCACCUCCUUCCUGUUACAACAUUAUGCACUUUCCUAAUGCAUUAGUCUUUUUACCUCUUUCUAUUUUAUUUUGAAUGAUAAGUACAAGUCACAGCAAAAAAACAAACAUGUUUUUAAUAUUGAAUAUUGAUUUGCCUAUAUAUGUAUUGGUAUGUACACUGCUCAAAAAAAUAAAAGGGAACACUUAAACAACACAAUGUAACUCCAA